UGGCAGCAGCAGUAGGCAAGCAGCCAGCCCGCAGCCGCAACGCAACCCAUUUGUAUUCGAAUUACGAAUCGAGUCGGUACGCAGAACGCGCGCGUCUUUCUGUGCUAAGACUGGCACAUGUGAAAAAAGAAAAUAAAAAUAAAAGUUUAAAAAUAGUAAGCUGUAGUCGGAAAAUUACGGGACUGCUGGGGAAAGUUUUGUGAUUUUCUUAGGAAUUUUAUAAUUUGAAUACGCCGCGCGGUUUUGUUAUUGAGGGUUCAACUGAACACUACAAAAUGACUUCGUCGUAGAAAUAUAAAAUACUUCAAAGCUGAAGAAAGAUCUAGAAUUCCGUCGCUACGUUUGAAUAUAACGGACGGAAACAUGGCGGCUUCCGGCGUGGUGGUCGACAACAAUAUGAACAACACUAUCAAGAAUAAAAAUGAUUACCCGAAACAAACGAAGGACGUGGAAACCGGCACCAAGAACGUACAGUCUGACGACGGCACGAACUGGGGCCGCACCAUAGCGCUACUCCUGGCGUGUCUCGUGCUCGUGGCCGCCUGUACCGUGGCCUGGGUGUUCCAGGACUGGCAGACCAGUCUGCAGGUCUUCGCUAUACUGGUCGUGGUCUACGUCAUCGCCUUCCACUGGAGGUGGAUCUAUAUCGCUAUCCGGACUACGCCAAGGGAUACGAAAGCUCUCUACUGCUAUGUGAAAAUCCUUCUUCUGACAAAGUCUUUCCUCAAGAAGAACUGGGGUAUGACAGAGAUGUUCCACGCUAUGGUAAAGAAACACCCGAACAAAGCCUGUUUCCUUUACCAGGAUGAGACUUGGACUUUCCAACAGGUGGAAGAGUUUAGCCUGCGCGUGUCAGCUGUACUCAAGGCUCAGGGCAUCAGGCCGGGGCAGACGGUGGCCGUCAUGAUGAACAACUGCCCCGAGAUGCCGGCGACCUGGCUCGGCAUUGCCCGCAUCGGGGGCAUCUCACCGCUCAUCAACACCAACCAGGCGGGCAACACGCUGCUUCACUCCAUCACGGUCGCGCAUUGUGAUGCCGUCAUUUACGAAGAUUGCUUCGAAAGUGCAUUCGAAGCCAUCUCCAAAGACCUUCCGCCAUCUUUAAAACAGUACAAAUUCACGCGCCGCCAGCUGAGCACUUCACCCGACCAUGUCAAAGUUUCCGAGGGCUGCAAUGACUUCACAGCACUCCUCGAGGCGACCCCUCCAGCGCAGUGGUUCCCAUCCGAAGGGCACGGGUUUAACGGAAAACUGCUCUACAUUUACACCUCCGGGACAACCGGCUUGCCCAAGGCAGCCGUUAUUUCUAGUUCGAGGAUGGUGUUUAUGGCAUCUGGUGUACACUACUUGGGAUCUUUAAAUCCAAAUGAUGUAAUUUAUUGUCCAAUGCCACUUUAUCACUCUGCUGGAGGAUGCAUCACUGUCGGCCAAGCCUUUAUUUUUGGUUGUACUGUUAUAUUGAGGCAAAAGUUUUCUGCAUCUGCGUAUUUCCCUGACUGCAUCAAAUAUAAGGCUACGGCUGCUCAUUACAUCGGUGAAAUGUGUCGUUAUAUAUUGACUACACCACAAGCCCCGACUGACACACAACAUACAGUGCGUACUGUGUAUGGAAAUGGAAUGAGACCUCAGAUUUGGACAGAAUUCGUGAAACGGUUUAAUAUUAAACGGGUUGUGGAGUUUUACGGUGCAACUGAAGGAAAUGCAAAUAUAGUGAAUGUGGACAACCGCACUGGUGCAAUUGGUUUCGUGUCAAGAAUAAUUCCCGCAAUUUAUCCUAUUGCCAUCAUCCAAGUUGAUGAAGAAACUGGUGAACCCAUAAGAAACCGCAAAGGAUUAUGUCAGUUAGCGAAGCCCAACGCUCCUGGUGUUUUUAUUGGAAAGAUAAACCCAAACAACCCAGCACGUGCUUACCUGGGAUAUGUAGACAAGGAGGCAUCUGAAAAGAAAAUAGUACGAGAUGUCUUUUCUAAAGGAGAUUCGGCUUUCAUCUCAGGUGAUAUAUUGACAGCAGAUGAGCUAGGAUACCUAUACUUCAAAGAUCGUACGGGUGACACAUUCAGAUGGCGCGGUGAGAAUGUCAGUACAACUGAAGUUGAGGCGAUAGUCUCUAAAAUAGCCGACCAACGAGAUGCAGUUGUGUAUGGUGUUGAGAUUCCAAAUAUUGAAGGUAGAGCUGGCAUGUGCGGUAUCGUUGACGAAGAUAAUACUCUUAAUCUCGAUGAAUUAGCUAAAAAUAUAACCAAAGACAUUCCAGUCUAUGCGAGACCCGUGUUUAUAAGAGUAAUGACUAAAUUAGACAUGACAGGUACCUUCAAAAUGAAGAAAGUAGACUUACAAAAGGAAGGCUAUAACCCUUCUGUGAUAGCUGACAAGCUGUACUAUUUAGACUUGAAAUUAGGAAAAUACUUACAUUUAGGCCCUGAAGAAUUUAGGAAGAUUGAAUCAGGGGAAAUAAGACUUUAAUCAAUUAAUUGUAUUUAUUGUAAUUGAAUACUGUGAUUCAUGAAUGAGCUGCUAAUAUGCAGAAACUAUAGAGUUUGUAAUGUACCGUGAAAAUAGACUCGGUAGGUGUGUAUGAAAUGAUUAUUUAUCUAACUAUUAUGUAAAGGUGUGUGAUUAGAUUUUAAUUAAUAUUGUGUACCUAGGUUAAGUAUAGUUUUAAGCAUAAGCUACAUCGAUCAAGUGUACUUAGAUAUUUAGAAGCAGGCUUCUACAUACGAUCAUGCAGCACAAGCAUAUUUUUUUAUUAAGUGAGUAGGUACGAAGUGCAAAAUGACUUUUAUAAAAAACAAUUUAUUUUAAUUUUUAAAAAUAAAAUGAUUAUUCGUAAAAA